UCGCUCUCAAGCCCACUUAGUUUUUUUUUAUUUUAUUUAUUUAUUUAUUUUUUUCAUUCUUUCUGUUUUGAAUACUGUAACGUAACCCAGGAUGGCUGUGUUUAGAAUAGCGAAACACAAUGCUUGUGUUCAAACUUUUACGCUAAUUGUGUUUUCUCUGCUUUCCAGUCUCCUCUGUUUGCCGGACUUUUGUUCGUUCUCUUCACGGACGUCGUGGCGGAGCACAAAGCCAGGCUGUCAUUCUGCCUGCCUGAGCGAGCGCUGUCCAGACGGGUGGAGAAGCUGCUGCACCGCUCGGCCUGGAAGACUGAGAGGAUGCGAGGACAACCUGCUGCUGAUGCUGAGUUGUCCUGCUCUGAGUUCAGCCGCACGCAGUUCUCAUCAGAUCUCACGAAUCGCUCUCUGUCGCCGUGGCGCUUAAUAACCCACUCUGACCCUAACAUGUACCCUCAAACAUACGAGGUGGCUGAGUGCCUGUGCUCAGGAUGCAUCAUUAACGGCAAGGAAAGCACCGACUACAACUCCGUUGAGGUGGAGAGAUCCAUGAUGUUUCUGAAGAAGGUCCCAUGUGAAGCUGACCCACAGAAAUAUUCUUUAGUCAUUGAGCGCAGAAAUAUACCUGUUGCGUGUAUCUGUGUGGUGCCCAAACAGUGACCUCUCGUAGAGGCUAACAUUUACCAAGACAAACGUAGUAGAGACGUGUCUCAUAUAUUGGUUGUGUUUGUUUUAAAAUGCAAGAUUUUUUAAAUAACACUGUUUAAUAUGCUUAUGUUUCAUAAGCUGAAAAAAUACAUGUUCUACAUGAUUUUUGAGGGCAAGCAAACUGCAGUAAGUCUUCCAUGUAAGAUAUGGGUCUGUGUCUGUAGUUGUGCAUACACUACUGUUUAUUUAUUGGUAAUUUA